CCUCUUUGCUACCAAAGCUCCUUGAAUAAUCCGAUCGAUGGGGGGCUCGACCAAGACGCUUGCACGGAAGGCUCAAGACGAACCGCUUCGCAGUGGCAAGCGCAAGCAGUCGCGAACGAACGAAGAAGAGCCAUGCAAGAUGCGCACGACUCCACGAACGCAGUUUGGCACCGUCCUGGGCGAUGUGAUCGGCUUCCUCGGGUAUGUUCCGGCCGACACGACUGCGGCGAUGGCUGCGAUCGAAAAGCUCCGCGGACUUGAGCCGAAUGGCUUCCAGGCUCCAUUCACGGUGACGCAACGACCAGUGAUCGAGUGUGCUCACCGAGCCAUUGACCACGCAAUCACUUGGCUUGUUGCGCUCCGAGUCGAGACCCUCGACGCUCGCCUGCUUGUCCAGGCCUUACGUUACGAGAUCCCAGAGCACGCCCAUGUUCUCUGUCUCGUGUGUAGCUGGCAUGCGACGCCAUAAGCCUUAAACAGAGCAUGUUGUUUCCUUCCAUA